AUCCAGUACUUUGUACUCUAACUUUGUACUGAAGUCAGAACAUCAAGCUAUUGGGGCUGAUUUCUGUUGUUUUGCGCAGAGCCCUGGAAAUCAUGCUCUCAAAGCGCGAAAACAUCGGGGAUGCCGUGAAGUCUCUUGUUGUCGGUUUCUGGAUCAUUUUUAGCUUGUAUUCCGCAGGUGUUCACGGCCAGGAGGGUAAUGGCUGUGGACAUACUCUGUUGGGCCCAGAGUCUGGCACCUUGGCCUCUCAGAACUAUCCAGGCACCUACCCGAGUAACACCUGGUGUCACUGGAGGCUUCGGGCGCCAGAGGGACGAACACUGCGAUUGCUGUUUGGGGAUUUUGAUGUUGAGAGCAGCCCAGGUUGCAGCAAUGGCUCUCUUGUGAUCACAGACAAGAAUGGAAAACCCAGUCUGGGUCCAGUGUGUGGGAAGCUUGAUGCGACAUUGAAAAAUGUGACACUUAAAAGCAAUGAAGUGACAGUAACCUUCAAGUCAGGCCCACACCACUCUGGACGAGGGUUUCUACUGUCAUAUGCCACAGACCAAUAUCCAGAUCUCAUUUCUUGUUUACAACGAGGAUCUCAUUUUAGCUCGCAGCGUUUGACUGUGUACUGCCCUGCCGGUUGUAAGAAUGUCACAGGGGAUGUGUGGGGGAACUCUGAGCAGGGCUACAGAGAUACAUCAGUCCUGUGCAAGUCCGCUGUCCAUGCUGGAACCGCGGCUGAUAGACUGGGAGGUCGUGUCACUGUGACUCGUGAGAGAAGUCUUACGCUCUAUGAAUCCACCUUUGCUAAUGGAAUCGUUUCUAAAACGGGAUCGUUAUCUGAAAAGAAGCUGCUCUUCAGCCAAGAAUGCAACAAUGUCCUAGCUGUUUCUGGUUUAAAAGCCUCAUCUUUCCGGAACAACAACAGUCAAGAGCACAGAAGGUUCUGGCCUUCCAGAAACAUGGUUUCUAGCCAUGACUUCCUAUCCUGGGCAGCAGACAGUAAUGAUCCAAACCCAUGGGUAGAGCUGGAGCUAAGUGAUAAUAGUACUAUUAAAGGAAUAAUAACAACAGGAUCAAAUGAGGACUACAUAGAGUCCUACAUUCUUCUUUUCAGUAAAGACAGAAAGCACUGGAAGCCUUACAGAAGUGCUCGCAGCAAAGAAAGAAAGCUGUUUCAGGCUUACACCGAUGGCCACUUCAGAGUUCUCAACAGUUUCUUUCCUCCCGUGGUGGCUCGGUUUGUUCGGCUACAGCCGCUGAACUGGCAUGGCAGAGCUUCAGCUCAGGUCCAAGUCCUGGGCUGUCCGUUUGCCAAAGCCACACCAAGAUCUCACCCAGACGGAAAAUCUGUGUCCAUCACAGUUAAUGUGGGUACACUGCAGCCAAGCCAAGCUCCCACCCCCACAGAGGGCCCAGUUAUAGUGGAAACAAGAUCAAGCUCCAGUCCGCCAGUUGUGGUCGCAGUGGGCGUGGUCCUCGGGCUGAUAAUGUGCGGCUGUUGUUUGUUGGCUGGAGUAUGGUGGAAGCGAAGGAAAAAGGUUUCACAAAUCAAGUUCUCCUUACCCACAAGCUGUCAGAGUUUUGAAGCAAAGAGUCUCCCCUGCUCCCAUUCAGAGCUUAUCUCCUACCCUCUGGAGCGAAAUGUCCACGACGGUCUACCACAACCAAAGCUCUCCUACUAUGCAGAGCCUGCUGUUGCAGCCAUUGGACAGAAGGUUGGGUCGACAUUUAGACCCUCUUCAGAUCAGGGCUACACCGCCCCUUUCACCUUGAGCCAUUAUGACACUCCAGGCACACUGCCAGAGUAUGCCGAGCCACUUCCCCCAGAGCCUGAGUAUGCCACCCCAUUCAGUGAGCAGUCUGCUGAGGCCAACCUGCCAACACUGACAGGGAUCCUUCACAGCAAAGCCUAUGGAUCUCCUACACCAGAACCUACCACUGGCGCCAAGACAAAAUCCAGCCAUACUCAGUAUGACUGCCCUUCACACAGGAUGCUGUCUAAUGGCUACUGCACUCCUGUACUACAGGCCAGUGGCCCACGACCCCUCUGUGUGGUCUAUGCUGAGCCCAAGUCAUGUGACGCUUUACUACAGAAGCACACAUAUGAGAAGCCUUUGUGCGCCCAGAAAGCUCAGACAGGGAGUUUAAAAAAAAAAAGACUCGAGCUAAAACGUGUGUUGGAACCAGAGGCCAAUGUGGACUUAUCUCAAAUGCUGGGACAGUGUUCUCCAGAUUGGACUAAUGCUUACAGAGCUGAACUUCUAGCGAGUGAUGGAGACCGAGCACUGUGGACCACUGUGCAUUGAGGGGUCACUAUUCAGUGUACGGAAUAAUCUGAGAGCCAUAUUAACCCAAACAUUUCCCUCCAGGAAGUAUCUCGCUGUACAGUUGAAAUAUCCUGUGAUGCACAAAGAAGAUACAGGUUCAGUUGUGCCUCAGAGAUGCUGUUUAUUAAUGUUAAUCUCAAACUGUACUUUCAGAAAGCACAUAUAGAAAUGUAGGCUUCAGUCUACUCAACAUAUUAAUGCUAAGAAACAAAUGUUGCUUGUUCUCACAAAACAAUGUAUAAUCUCCACAUUUUAUUAAAAAAAAACACUAUAAAUGGUACACUG